CGCUACUUUUCGUCUUCGAUCGAUCGAAUCGCUUUAUAGGAUAGUUCAGUAGGUUUCAAGACACUCACUGUGUCUGGAAUAAAGCCGUUAUAUAAAAAAAAUUAUUCUUUCUUUAAUGUGUUAUUUAUUAUCUACGUUUCGGUAUAAUUUAAGUCAUUUUACAUCAAGUUGUUAAGUUUUUCGUAAGAAACGCAAAAUGAGUGAAAACACAGAAAUUACUGGAGUAACAUCACCUGAAGAUGCAGCCAAAGCGGAAAAAGUUAAAGAAGAAGCGAAUGAAUACUUUAAAAAUCAAGAUUAUAACAAAGCCAUAGAAUUAUAUAGUAAAGCGAUAGAAUUAAAUCCUUCAGUGGCAGUAUAUUAUGGAAAUAGAAGUUUUGCAUAUUUAAGGACAGAAUGUUUUGGAUAUGCGCUCACAGAUGCAUCGAAAGCUAUUGAUUUAGAUCAAAAUUAUGUAAAAGGAUAUUAUCGUAGAGCUGCAGCUCAUAUGUCACUUGGCAAGUUCAAACUAGCUCUUAAGGACUAUAACACUGUUACGAAAGCUAGACCAAAUGAUAAAGAUGCAAUGCUUAAAUAUACAGAAUGUUGUAAAAUAUUGAAAAAAUUAGCCUUCGAAAAAGCAAUUUCUGUGGAAGAGAAUAAGAAGAAUAUAGCUGAUACGAUUAAUUUGAAGGCUAUGGCCAUUGAAGAUGAAUAUACGGGGCCUAAACUUGAAGAUGGGAAAGUUACAUUACAAUUUAUGCAAGACUUGUUAGAAUGGUACAAGAAACAAAACAAAUUACAUCGUAAAUAUGCUUAUAAGAUUCUUUUAGAUGUAAAAGCAUGGUUCAUGGCACAGCCAACGUUAGUUGAUAUUACAAUUCCCGACGAUUGUAAAUUUACUAUAUGUGGAGAUAUACAUGGACAGUACUAUGAUUUACUCAAUAUAUUCCAGUUAAAUGGAUUACCUUCAGAAACUAAUCCAUAUUUAUUCAAUGGAGAUUUUGUAGAUAGAGGCUCGUUUUCUGUAGAAUGUAUAUUUACUUUGUUUGGAUUUAAGUUGUUGUACCCAAAUCACUUUUUUAUGUCUAGAGGUAAUCACGAAUCUGCCACCAUGAAUCAAAUGUACGGAUUUGAUGGAGAAGUCAAAACAAAAUAUUCUGCUCAAAUGGCAGAGUUAUUUACAGAGGUUUAUAAUUGGUUACCACUUGCGCAUUGUCUUAAUAACAGAGUACUUGUAAUGCAUGGUGGUCUGUUUUCAAGGGACGAUGUUAAAUUAGAAGAAAUUCGACAAAUUAAUAGAAAUAGACAACCACCCGAUGAAGGAUUAAUGUGCGAAUUAUUAUGGUCUGAUCCACAACCUCAACCUGGAAGAGCACCUAGUAAGAGAGGAGUUGGUGUUCAGUUUGGACCUGACGUUACACAGAAUUUCUUGGCUUUGAACAAUCUUGAUUAUAUUGUAAGGAGCCAUGAAGUUAAAAAUGAUGGAUAUGAAGUAGAUCAUGAUGGGAAAUGUAUCACUGUGUUCUCUGCUCCAAAUUAUUGUGACACUAUGGGUAAUCAGGGUGCCUUUAUUACACUCAAUGGCAAAGACAUGAAACCUCAUUUCACAUCGUAUGAAGCAGUGCCUCAUCCAAAUGUAAGGCCAAUGGUAUAUGCUAAUUCCUUACUAAAAUUCAUGUUGUAGUGGAACACCUAGGUACUGUUAAUAAAUAAAUACGAAAUGAUAAAUGAAUUAGUAGACCAAUCAAAGUGUGCGUAAUAUAUUUGAUACUGAAAUGGAGAAGAUGGGAAAUUCUUAGUCUUCUCCGAAACAAUAAAUGCUGUAUUCUUUUUAGGAACAAGAAAAUUUUCUGUACGAUAAUAAAUGCAAUGAAGGCAUAAUAUUGAGGGAUACAAAAAUGAUAACAGUUUGCUUGCUUUGAUAACUGACAAACAAAUGUAUCAAAUCUUUUUUAUAAGGACAAUGUCUUAUUAGUUGUUUGUGUUAAAUUAUAAUGAAAUAAUGCAAAAAAAACGUUUCUAUUUUGUACCCUCAAUUAAACCUUAUUGUUCAUUAAAGAUAUUAAUGUUCACGCACAAACAGAGUAAAUGAUCUCAAAGAUUUCGGCAAAUUAAACUAUAUUCUAAUAUGGUGCUGAACAUAUAAUGAACACACCUAUUAUGAUUUUAAUUUAUUCUUUAAUGAAUAAUGAUGCUUUCUACAAAACAGUGAUUAUUAUAAAAGAUAUUUAACACAUAUGCGAGUUAGCAUGACUAUGUAGUACAAUUUUCCAGCCAGUCACUAUUAUCACAAUAUUUGUGA